CGGAAAAUAGAUGGAAUCAUAUCACGUCAGUGUGACUACAAGGCACAGACGACCAGGUCUGAUCACAGAAUCAGAAGGAGCUUUAUUGCCACGUAGUAUUUUACACGUACAAGGAAUUUGGCUUUGGUGAUAAGGUGCUACACGCAGACAGACAUACAGUCGACAUCAAUAAAUGCAGACAUAUAAUAUGGAAUAAACAAUAACAAAAGAACAGAUAAAUAAUACACAACGUGCCAGAUAUUUAUGUGCAUUAUUGCGGGUUUAUGUUAUGCAUAUAUAUAAAUAAAUAUAUAAUAACAACAAUUAACAAGAAAUAUGUGCAAAAUGCCAGGUUUGUGCAUGAUAUGAAAUGAAACAGUAUUUACACGUGCGGAGAGGGCAAAUACAAACAUUGUUUAAAUUAAGUAAAAGUCAAUCAGAUGAAUGUUUGGAAUGUAAAUCUAAUAAAUUAAUAAGUUAUAUGUAGGAAAUGUAGAGAUUAGAGAAUAAGGUUAGUAAGGUAUUUAGAGAUGGAGUAAUGGACACAGAAAGCUCCUGUGCAGUAUCUGAAGAAAACAAGUGUUUACAUUAUAUUAGUAUAUUUAAUAUAUUAAAUUUAUAUUUGAAUAUUUCUGUUUAUAGUGUGUAUAUUUGUGUUCUCUGUAGCCUGUGUCUGAUUUUCUUAUUGUGUGAGUCAGCACAUCGUGAGAAACGUACAAUCCAGUCCGCACGCCUGAUUCUGAUGGGAAAUAACUCCUGUUACUUUGUCCUGAGCAGCAGGUGGCGGUUUGCAUCCAUGCAGGUCGAGGAGAAAAAGCGAUCUGGUUUCCAGAGUGAAGCAAAGAUGUUGGAGGAGCAGGAGUUUGUUUUCAGCUUAGUUCCGUUCAUGUGUGCACGAGCUCAGUCCAGAGCAUGUAAACACACCUGCGAGCUAAACGUCCUGCGCUGUGGACACGGCGAAGUCACGUGUCCGCUUGUCUUCAGGACUCGAGGGCGACCGCGUCAGAAAAGGGGCCGCAGUAAGUGACCGCACCGUGUGGCGUUUACUUCCGCAAGUUGCAGAAGCGAUGUGGCGGAUAUCCGUUUGACGAAGUGCAUGUCUGCUUACUUCCUGUUAGCUGUGCAGUGAGGUUGGCUUCAGCGCUGUUUCAUCCUGUGUGUAGUUAGAUUAGCUGCUGACUUGUGUGUGCUGUUACUGAGCGUAGCCAGUCUGAGAUGAAGAAAAGCAGCUUCAAGCUGAUGAGGAGGGACAUCACCUCUACGGAUUUCUGCUCAGUCCCUCUUUGCUCUUCAUCGGCUAAGUUCUCCUCCAUGAGCUUUCACGCGUUUCCGACCGAUGCUGAGAUAAGGGCGAAAUGGGUGGUGAACAUCAGAAGGGUGAACUUCACCAUCACCAAUCGGUCCAGGGUGUGCAGCAGGCAUUUCCUAAAGGAAGACCUGAUCGAAACGCCCAAAGGACUUCGUCGUCUGAGGAAGGGGGCGCUGCCGGUGUUGUUCGAGUGGAACGGAUAUAAAAGCCAUCAGCAUGCCAAUCUUUUGGAUAGAAGAGAAAGUCCAGCGGCUAACUGCACACGUCAGGCUGACGGGGACAUGGGUGGCGAGGGCGGAGCAGAAGACUCACGGAUUGAAGCCUUAACAAGUCGGAACAAGUCUCUAGAGGUGCUGGGCGAACACGACUAUUCGAAGAAGCCCCUCUCUGCGGGAGAGGAGCUGCAGGCUGCACAGAUGGAGCUCGAUCGUCUGGAAGAAGAAAGCAGAGAACUGAAAAGUGAGCGGUUCUUUCUGUGGCGUCUCCAGCUUGAGCCGGACUUGAUCAAGUUUUUCACUGGAUUUAAAGACUACAACACACUCAAAGUGUUCUUCUUAGCUCUGCAGCCUACAGCACAGACUGCCUGGGAAUGGAUUCAUGCGCUGAAGGUGAAUAAAACUGAAGAAAACACGGGGGACGCCGGCUGCCGUGCUCAACACCUGUGUCUGUUUGAUCAGCUGUUCCUGUUCCUUUGCUUUGUCCGGCGCGGGUUUCUUCCUGUUGAAAUGUCCGUGCAGUUCCACGUGUCAGAGGCCACGGUCCAGUCGACCUGCUUAACAUGGUGCCACUACCUGUUCUUUACUCUGGGAACACUACCAAUAUGGCUGAGCAGACAGGCUGUAGAUGAGCUAAUGCCGCCGUUCUUUAAAACGACCUUCCCCAAAACACGGGUGGUGCUGGACUUGACUGAGAUCCACAUCCAGACGGCCACGUGCUCAGGGAACUCCUCCCAUCAUAAAGGCUCCACAACACUCAAGUCUGUGGUUGGCAUCGCUCCUUCCGGCUCAGUCAGCUUCGUCAGCAGCGUCUGCGCGGCCUCCGUGUCCGAUAAGGACGUCAUCAGGGAGUCGGGGGUUUUAAACCUCCUGGAGCCCGGCGACCAAGUGAUGGCAUACAGGAGCUUAGAGAUCAAAGACCUCCUCGAUGUGAUCGGUGUAAACCUCGUCAUCCCAACGUUCUUGGGGCCAAAGGGACAGAAACUCGAGGAAACGCCCUCACAACAGGUCGGCCACCUGAAAAUCCACAUUGAGAGGUCGAUCGGCCGCAUCAAAGAGUACCAGAUCUUUGCUGACGUUGUUCCCUCUGCACUUUGUGCUUCGGUCAACCGGCUGUGGACGGUCUGUGCUCUGCUGACAAACUUUCAAGGACCUUUGCUUUAAGCAAUAACUGUGGAUAUACAGUUUCCAGAACUGGUGAGAGACCCCCGGUUCAACAGAAUUCAAGGUUCCUUAUGAACCUGGUUUGAAAUGUUUGUUUAUGUUCAGCAUUCAAGGUAAACAAAUUCAUAUGUUGGUCAUUUUUAGAUCAAACUCAAAAAUCUAAUAUUGGUCGGCCCUAAUGCUGUGGUGACAUUUGUAGAAAUAUUAAUGUCUUUCAUCCUGUCCAACCAAACAGUGAGUCCAUCAUUACAAAUGCACGUAUGGCUGCAGCUAUGUUUUCAGUAUUGAUUCAUCUACUGAUUAUUGUCUUUGUUAGCUGUGUGUAGUUCAAAACUAAUCUCCUGUAGACUCCAACAUUUGCACAGAGAACAAAUAUAUCAGGCUGAAUAUUUCCAUUUGAUGGAAUGUUGCAGCCAAAAAAAAGGUGUGAUGUUAACAUCUUUUUAUACAUGUCAACUGCUGUGUCCUUAUUUUUACAACGGGACAACAAACCUGUUGCCAAGCAGUACUUCCAUCUUUACAAAUGCAUUUAUGGCUGCAAUA